GACUUGACUCGUAUUGUCAGGAUCCAUCGGGUGAGUUCAUAUUGAUAUGUCAGUGUUGAAGACGGACACCGGGGCGCCCUUGCCCUUUCACUCUGAUAUGGAUCAUGAUGAGAUUCAUCAGAGAAGAACUACUGGCACUACUGGCCGUGGCGGAAGUGAAUACCAUCAGCCGCAGCAGCACCACCGUGGUGAAGGUGAAGAUGAUGAUCAAUACCAGUUUCAAGACCAGUUACAGUACGAGUGCAACAUCUCAAGGACUAGUGUAUGGGAGAUAGAAGAGGAGGAAGAAGAUGAUCAUCAUCAUGAGGGUUCAAAUUAUUCAAUUGGAGUUUCACAUGCUAGUAUUCCAAUUGAGAUCAGAGAGCUUUUCGGUGACAAGCGCUACUUUCCCAUGCCCUCCAUCAAGGAAGAACAAUAUGAUCAUAUCAAUGGUCUGCCUCAAUCUUCUUCAUCGUAUAAUUCCAACGGCGACAUUGUUAACUGCGUUUAUGUGGCCGUCGGAAAGAGCGAGUCAAGCAUGGACGCCUUAAACUACGCCGUCAGGCAGCUGCUGCUCUCUCCCAACACUAUCCUCUACCUCAUACACGUUUUCCCGGAGAUCAAGUACAUCCCAAGUCCAUUAGGAAAACUUCCGAAAAGUCAAGUGAGUUCAGAACAAGUCGAAAGCUUCAUGGCUCAAGAAUCAGGCAAGAGAAGACAGCUCCUUCAGAAGUAUAUUGAUGCAUGCUCGGCUGCAAAGGUUAAGGUGGAUACUCUGUUGAUCGAAAGUGAUAUGAUCGCGAAGGCUAUUGUGGACCUUAUUCCUAUUCUCAACAUACGAAAAUUGGUGCUUGGAACUGACAAAUCUAAUUUGAGGAAAUUGAUGUCUGGGAAAGGUGCGAGCGGGAUAGCUGAUCAAGUCCUUCAAAGUGCACCCCAAGAAGGCUGUGAGAUUAAUAUCAUUUGUCAAGGAAAUCAAGUGAUGAUUAAUGACUCGCUUUCUCCACGUAGCAUUCCUAAUGCCAAUGAUCACAAAUCGCCAGAGACUCUUUCACAUAAAGGAGGCAAUGAUGAUAACCCUAACUCGAUCCUAUACGGCUCUCAGAGAAAUGAAGCCUUUUCAUUCCUGUGUUUUAAACCCAAGUGCUCGUCUUAGUUACUAUAAGAUCUGCCUGCACAUUGAUUUGCCAAAUUAUAUAUUCCUGCUGGUCAUAAAUAAAGAAAGCGGGGAUAGCUCAGUCGGGAGAGC